AUGGCCUAUGCUGCAGUAACUCUGCUUUCAUUCUUCUUCAUCUUCUCCCACAUUCUUGCUUUUGUGCUCCACGUGACAGCUGAACGGUGUCCUUCUUCUUCUUGUGGAAAUAUCACCAUUAAGCCCCCAGUGACUCUUAAAGACAGUCCUUCUAACUGCGUCAAACCUCGUCAACGGAAGUAUGAACUCACCUGCGAUAGCAGCAACCAUGUCAUUUUGAAUCUAUUCUCCUCUGAUUAUUAUGUCACCGACAUCUUGUACUUUGGAUACUAUUACUUUGAAAUGAAGGUUAUUGAUGUUGGCAUGGCAAACCACAGCUGCAGGCUUCCACUUCAUUCUCUGCCAGCCAGCAAGUUUAUGAGUCCUAAUUUCCCUUAUUACUUCCCAUUAUAUAAUGGUGACAAAUGGGUUAGUUUUGUGAAUUGCUCAAAUGAGGUGAAGAACAACAACAUGUACAAGCCUGUCCCUUGCUUUAAAAAUACUGAUAACAAGAGCUUCAUCUACGUUAUAGCCAGCAAAGAAGCAUAUAGAGUUGGUAACCUAGUCAGUUCCUGCAGCUUUCUUGCCAUGACUGCCAUGAGUUAUGAUGCUGCUACAAACGACUCAGGAACUGAAAUAUUUAAGCUUCUUGCCCAGGGGUUCACCCUUGGUGAGCCUGAUUCUAGUCCCAUGCCAUUUUUAUUAGAAAUGUUUCUUGGCACUCUGGUAAAUAUAACCAGGCUUGUAAUAGCACACACCCUGUUUGGAAGGUUUGUAGUUGCGCCUUUGAUAAUAUGCGGGUUUUUGGCUUACAAGUUUCGCAAGAUGAUCGCAUCUGUUGACAAUGUAGAGAGGUUUUUGAGGAUGCAAAAAGGUCUUGUACCAACUCGGUACUCCUACACCGACCUAAUAGCAUUGACUAGCCAUUUUAAGGAGAAACUUGGGCAUGGGGGAUAUGGUUCCGUUUUCAAAGGCCGACUCCCAGGGAACCACCUUCUUGCUAUCAAAAUGUUGGGGCACUCCAAGGCCAAUGGUGAAGAUUUCAUCAAUGAAGUCUCUACCAUUGGUAGGAUUCAUCAUGUCAAUGUGGUGAGACUAAUCGGUUUCUGCUCUGAUGGUUCACAUAGAGCCUUGGUAUAUGAGUACAUGGCUAAUGGUUCGCUAGAUAAGUUCAUAUUCUCUUCCAACAAUGGCUUGAACCAUAGAUUCUCCUUGGAGAAACUAACUGAGAUUGCUUUAGGAAUUGCCAGGGGGAUUGACUAUCUACAUCAAGGAUGUGAUAUGCAGAUACUUCAUUUUGAUAUUAAGCCUCAUAAUAUUCUCCUAGAUCAUAAUUUCAUGCCAAAAAUUUCUGAUUUCGGCCUUGCAAAGCUAUAUCCAAGAGACUACAACUUUGUGACACUCAGUGUUGCACGAGGAACUAUUGGAUAUAUUGCUCUGGAGUUGAUUUCAAGGAGUUUUGGUCUUAUCUCCCACAAGUCUGAUGUUUAUAGUUACGGCAUGUUACUCUUGGAAAUGGUUGGAGGGAGAAAGAAUGCAGAUCAGAGAGCAGAAAAAACAAGCCAAUUUUAUUAUCCAUCAUGGAUUUUUGAUAAACUCAAUAAUCCAAUUUAUCAUGAUGCCCAAGAAAUUGACACUGGUGUUGCAAAGCUUGUAAUCAGUGAUGCUGAGAAGAAGUUAUGCAUGAUAGGUUUGUGGUGCAUUCAAAUGAGGGCUUCUGAUAGGCCUUCGAUGAGCAAAGUAAUAGAGAUGCUUGAAGGUGAUGUUGAUGACCUGCAAAUGCCACCCAAACCUUUCUUUUCUGAUCCGAGUCUAGCUGUUUUAAGCCUGCCAUGCUCCAACAUCUCACAAGAAGAACUAAAUACUAGUUCCGACAACAUAGUUUGUUUAGUCUAA